GAGCUCAACAGUCGUCUCGCGCACGAAGUGCCGAACACACGCGCGCGCGUUCGCUACCACUGCCUCGUCCAGUUCGCCGACACAUCGAUCUCACUCGUUUCUUCGUUACGGGUCCGGCCUUAACGUUCUCAGUCGUUGGGAUCGAACGUUGAUCGCACCUUCACCUUACUCAACGGUAACAUCCGUUUGCGUGCGAUCGGAUCAUCGCGACCGUCCGGCCCGGCCUGAUCACGCUUAAUCGCGGUUGACCCGAUUGGACUGCGAUGCGGUCCGAGGCUGCGGUGGCGACGAUAGCGGCCACCGUGCACCGCGACCGGUAGACGCACCGCGAUGCGUACCGCGACAGCGCUGACCGCGGCCGUGGCCGUUUUGGCCUGCUGCCGACCGCACACGUUGCCAGCCGCGCGCGCCGCGUGCCUGCACACGGCCAAAGAUCUGCAGGCUCAGGCCCGCGCGUCCGAAGUGGUGCUCAAGGCGCUGGCGAUGCGCGUGUGGCCCGAACCAGACGGGCUGAUUGGUGGCCAUUUCGCCGUGAUGGCCGUCUAUAAGGGUGCACGGACGGUGAAGGACGUGUUGCGCAUCGGCGGCGCCGAUCUGUUCAACAUGCACGACAAGAGGAUGAACGUGACGGGAUUCCGGGACGACUUCACUGGCGACGGACACAGGGCUUGUGGGGCCCGGGUGACGGUCGGCACAUACUACGUGUUGUUCGCGGACGUCGUUAACGGUCGACUGGUAGCCAAGGAUGGGCAAGCGGCGCUGGUUGAGUGGACGGACAGCAACGAGAGAUCCGUUUGGCAUGGGCUAGGAUGGGGCGAUUGGAGCGAUUGGUCGGCAUGCAACGUAUCAUGCGAUACCGGGCUGCAGUACCGACACAGACGAUGUCUGAAAUGCACGCAAGGCCAUAACAAGGAAAUACGAAAGUGCAACGACUUCCCUUGCGACGGUGCUAUGGAACUGAUCUCACCGGGAGAUCAUGUACGUGCCAUUGGCGGGAAGCUCAACGGAAGUCAAAAUGGAUAUAGUUUACUCAGUUCAGUUAGUAUUCCUAAUACAUUUUCACUGCUGAUCACACUCAGAGUAGAACCCAAGGUGGACUUUGGUACUGUCUUCCAUUUAUUUUCAUCGACAGAGCCGUUGAAGACCAUAACACUCGAAGUCAGUGGUCCAGAUCUAUUACGAGUGUCGGUAAACACGAAAGAGUCGAACAGGUCGGUACUGAUCGCUGCAGUUUUAGCUGAUGGAAUCACUCAUCAAUUAGGAUUGGGAUUUCAAAAAGACGAAAUCAUAACUUAUUUGGACUGUAGAUGGGUCACGACUGAGACUUUAAUGCAAAAUUCAUACGCAUCGUCUCCAGAAUACGACAUGGACGUCUUCGAAGAAUCGUUAACGAGACAAAUCUCAACGUGACACCAAUGGAAUUAUUAAGGGUGAGCACGAAACUAAAAGAACAGUUUCCAAACACUCGAAGUUCACCUGAUGUGAUCCAAGGACAAUGGACCUCGCCCGGAGACCUGUGCAGACACGGAAUACUCAACGAGACGUACAUAUGGAUCCGUAUCCGUGUUCAAACGUGUCCAUGUCAACGUUGUAAAAUAUUCAAUUAUUAUUCUAACUACGACGACGGCAAUACCGUAUUAAUUAUUAUAAUGUUUCGCGGAAGGAUUUGCGUAUACCGAAAGCUUUCACCGAACGGAACGCAUCGUCGGACGUCUCGUAGUGUUGUCUCGUAAUGGGAAAAUCUUACCGACGCGGUUCUAUUUACAUGUAUAAUAAUAAACAGUUGCUAAUUUGUGUUUGUACGUUCAAUUAUCAUAUUUUGUUGUAAUAAUUUACGCGUACGGCGUAAUCUGUUUUGAUGUAAUUAUACUAUUAAAGUAUUACGAUAAACUUUUCGUCGA